AUGGCUUCGGCAACAAACUUUUUCGACUUCAAGCCCCUUGACAAGAAGGGAGGAGAGAAGGACCUGAACGAGUACAAGGGCAAGGUCGUGCUGGUCGUCAACACGGCCUCCAAGUGCGGCUUCACACCCCAGUACGCUGGCCUGGAGAAGCUCUACAAGGACAUCAUUGCCAAGCACCCAGACCAGUUUGUCAUCCUCGGCUUCCCCUGCAACCAGUUUGGUAGCCAGGAGCCGGGCACCGACGACGACAUCCAGAGCUUCUGCCAGGUCAACUACGGCGUGAGCUUUCCUAUCCUGGGCAAGACCGACGUCAACGGCGACAAUGCCGCUCCCCUCUACAAGUGGCUCAAAACGGAGAAGCCUGGCUUGAUGGGCAUCAAGAGCGUCAAGUGGAACUUUGAAAAGUUCCUGAUUGGCAAGGACGGCAAGGUCAAGAACCGAUGGGCCAGUACCACCAAGCCCGAGUCGCUCGAGGCGUCCAUUCUGGAGGAGAUCAGCAAGGAAUCCGCCUAA